ACAGCAGCCGCCAGUCUCCUGUUAGCUCCCGUUAGCCUCUGUUAGCUGAACUGCAGCUCUGAGUUUAUCUUUAACCUCCCGAAGAGUCACGCGGAGUGUUUUAUCUCCCGUUACAGUCUGUCGGAUCAAACUGAAAUGACUCCACACAGAGUCCGGGACCGGCUAGCUGCUAGCUAACACCGCUGCUCUUUUACACUUUAACCAGCUUUAGCUGCUAGCUCCUUUAGCGUUAUCUUCCUAUGUACGGCUAGCGCGCUAACGGAACUCUGCUAACAGUGCUAACCAGCUAGCUGUUGCGUUUAUGAGUCUGCUUUUGUUCUGACGAAAACACCGAGAAGAAGACGUUAGCAUGGACACUCAGCUGCGGAGUCAAUAACAGGUAAGCUAGCUAAAUGCUAAUCCAAAGCUAAUGUUAGCUGUAGAGAUGAAGUGUUAGCUGGAGGAUGUUUACCUGCUGAACCAGAGGUGACAACAGGCCUCACAACAGCUGAAGAAGUUCAGUCCACCAUCAGCCGGCUCGGAGUGAAUCAGCUGUGGAUCCUUCAGACUCCGUAGAGACCUUCAUCAUCUGAUCUCAGGUCAGAGUUUUACCUUCACUCUGAGGAGCCCUGACAGCAGCCAUGCUGACCUAGAAUCAGCUGUUAGUUUGUGCAGUGUGAGCUGAAUAAUCCAGAGACAGAGACCAUGUCUGAGAACCAGGCCAACAACAACGUCCCUCUGAACAACAACAACAACAACAUGGGACCCAACAGGAUCCGAAACCCCAACAUCAACCAGAACCCCCUCAUCAACGUCCGAGACCGCCUUUUCCACGCCCUCUUCUUCAAGAUGGCCGUCACGUACGCCCGCUUGUUCCCUCCGUCCUUCAGGAGGGUCUUUGAGUUCUUCGUCCUGCUCAAGGCGCUCUUCGUCCUCUUCAUCCUCGCCUACAUCCACAUAGCAUUCUCUCGCUCGCCCAUCAACUGUCUGGAAGUGGUGAGGGAGCGCUGGCCUCGUGACGGCAUCCUGCGGGUGGAGAUCCAGAGGAACUCCAGCCGAGCCUCCGUCUUCCUGCAGUACUACGACUCCACGGGCCUCCAGGAGGAGCUGGAGGCUGAGGAGGGGGCAGCAGGAGGAGGAGUGGCGGAGCUCAGUCUGGCAGCGCUGCAGGAGGAAGAGGAGGAUGAGGAUGAGAUGACCCUGGAGAUGUUUGACAACACCUCAGUGCAGUUUGAGCUGGACAUCGAGCCUCGUCUGAAGCCGUCUCUGAUUGGACGAGGUGUCGGAGGAGGAGGAGGAGGAGGAGGAGGAGGAGGAGGAGGAGGAGUGAACGACAGCCAGGACGUCUCCUUCAGCCAGACCACUAAAGGUAUGCAGCCGCUGAAGAACUCAGUGUCUGAGCUGGAGAUGAUGACCAGAGCAGUGUGGCCUCAGGAGGAGUACAUCGUGGAGUAUUCUCUGGAGUACGGCUUCCUGCGUUUGUCUCAGAGCACCAGACAGAGACUCAACAUCCCUGUCAUGGUGGUCACUCUGGAUCCCAUGAAGGACGAGUGUUUCGGUGACGGCUUCAGUCGCUUCCUGCUCGACGAGUUUCUUGGCUACGACGACAUCCUGAUGUCCAGCGUGAAGGCGCUCGCUGAAAACGAGGAGAACAAAGGGUUCCUGAGGAACGUGGUGUCUGGAGAACAUUACCGCUUCGUCAGCAUGUGGAUGGCCAGAACCUCCUACCUGGCCGCCUUCGUCAUCAUGGUCAUUUUCACUCUGUCAGUGUCCAUGCUGCUCAGAUACUCUCACCACCAGAUCUUCGUCUUCAUCGUGGAUCUUCUUCAGAUGUUGGAGAUGAACAUGACUAUCGCCUUCCCAGCAGCCCCUCUGCUCACCGUCAUCCUGGCCCUCGUCGGCAUGGAGGCCAUCAUGUCGGAGUUCUUCAACGACACGACGACGGCCUUCUACAUCAUUCUCAUCGUCUGGUUGGCCGACCAGUACGACGCCAUCUGCUGCCACACCAACACCAGCAAACGCCACUGGCUGAGGUUCUUCUAUCUGUACCACUUUGCCUUCUACGCUUAUCACUACCGCUUCAACGGUCAGUACAGCAGCCUGGCCCUGGUCACCUCCUGGCUCUUCAUCCAGCACUCCAUGAUCUACUUCUUCCACCACUACGAGCUUCCUGCCAUCCUGCAGCAGAUCAGGAUCCAGGAGAUGCUGCUGCAGAACCAGCAGGCGGGUCAGGCCAACCAGACGGCCCUGCAGGACAACCUCAACAACAACCACAGCGCUGCCGCUGCUGCUGCUGCUGCUGCUGCUGCAGGUCCUGGACCAGCCAACGCCACCCAGCCAGGACCCAACGCCACCCAGCCCGGGCCUCAGACCGACCCCCAGCCCUCCUCCUCCUCCUCUCCAGCGGCGGGAGGUGGAGGGGAGGUGAGGUCGGAGCUGAACUGGGUCGCUCAGACGGCCGCCAUCAUCACUGAAGUUCUGUCCUCCGACCAGCAGCCCUCCUCCGCUGACUCCGUCGACGGGGUCAGCGGAGGAGGUGCGCCUGGAGGUCAGGGGUCAGCAGGAGCAGCAGAGGUCAGUGUGGUGGCCGAGUUCUGGAUGGGAGGAGGAGCAGCAGCAGCAGGAGGAGGAGCAGCAGCAGCAGGAGGAGGAGGAGGAGCAGCAGCAGCAGCAGGAGGAGCAGCAGCAGCAGCAGGAGGAGGAGGAGCAGCAGCAGCAGGUGGAGGAGCGGAUGGUGGAGGAGCAGCAGCAGCAGGAGGAGCAGCAGCAGCAGCAGCAGGAGGUGAAGAAGAGUCGAAUGUCGUUUCAGUAGAAAUUAAAACCACAGCUGGAGAAGUUGAUCCUCCAAUCAGAGGGCUCCAGCUGGUGGAGGCGGGGCCCUCGGAGGCGGGGCCCCCACAGACAGACUGCCCCCCCUCACAGAGUCCAGGUACAGACUGGGACUGCAGAGCACCACAGCAGCAGCAGAGCUCCACACAGACCCCGUCCUGAGAGUCCAGGUGUAGUCCUGCUGACAUCAUCUCACCUGUCUGGCACGCUGCCUCAGUCUGUCAGCUGAUCAGGGAUUAGCGAUCGAUUAGCGAUCGGUUAGUGAUCGGCCGGUCAGGGAGCGGUUCUCCUGUUGAUCCACAUUCUACAUUUUAUUUCUUAUUUCAAACAAAUAUCGAGUUAUUGAUUAGUUCAGUGUUUCCCAACCGGAGGGUCGGGGCCCACAAGAGGUCGCAAGAUCAGAACAGGAAGCAGUGACCUUUAGUUCCGACUUCACUUACUUAAUAAUUUCACUUCUUCAGGCCCCGAAAAAUGAAACGACCUCUCCGGUUCAACUGGUCCGGGAUCAGGUUUGAUUGCGUUCUGUUAAAUCUGAAUCCAGCUCAGUUCAGUACUUCGGACGGAGACGUCUUCAGAUGUCUCGUCGUGUCGACCGAGAGACUCGAACAGAUUCGGUUCGCUGACAGAAAACUGGCUGAUUGUUGGUGUUUUUGCUUAAAAAACGACGAACAGCUCUAAACGGUUGCUGAUUAUUUCUGCUGAUCGAUUACUGGACCGAUCGGCUCUACAGACCACACAGCUCGUUCAGUUAUUGUCCCAGAAACCAGCCAGAAUAUCGACACCUGUCUGAUUUGAUUAAACUAAUAUUUUCAUCAUCAGUUCAUCUUGUUUUAUCUAUUUAGUCUAAAAUGUCAUAAAACUGAAAAAUGUCCGACGUGAAGCCAGAGAUCAUAAACGUGCUGCGGAAGAUAAAAGCAGGAAAUCCUCUCGUUAUUAUAUAUUAAUAUUUGAUAUUUUUGGUGAACGAUUAACUGCUAAUUGUUUCAGCUGUAGAUAAAACACAAUAUAAAUAUUAUAAUUAUAAAUAUAAACUAAUGCAGCUCUUCAGACCGGACGCACGACCUCGUUGUUUCACAUUCCUCCGAAAGCCGGUGACGUUUGUCAGGUUGGUCCUCGGUUCAGGUGAUGAUUUAAUAAGAAGUCAGAUUUCAUGUUUCUUCUGUUCGUCUCAGUAGAUUCUGAUGAAAUCACCUGAAACUGUGACUCUGAGCAUCUUCAGUAUUAAAUCUGACGUUCAGACUCAAACAGCAGCGAACGUCUCGAUCAGGUGUGUGUGUGUGUGUGUGUGUGUGUGUGUGUGUGUGUGUGUGUGUGUGUGUGUGUGCGAGUCGCAGCUGAUGGAUCUUCGUGCUCUGAGCCGCAGAAACUGUUAAAACUCAUCAGCGAGCCGCUCUGCUGCACCUUCAUCACCACGAACACACACACUGUAGUUUAUUCUGACUCACACACACACACCGUCCUGCUGCCCCAAACACUCACUACAGCACCACAUGAGGAUUCAUCCGCCGCUGGAAGUAGUCCCCAACAGAUGCUCUGUUUCCUCCUGUUGGUCUGAUAAAAACUACAGCGAGCAGCUGUUUGAGGAAACUACUGAGCCUUUUUAAACAGGAAACUACAGAUCUGUGUUUUUAAAGAUUUACGUCUUCAGCAGGAACCAAUGGGCUCGCAGCUGAGAGCCGCAGACAGGAAGUGAGACAGUACUGAGAGACGCAGACAGGAAGUGAGACAGUACUGAGGGACGCAGACAGGAAGUGAGACAGUACUGACGGACGCAGACAGGAAGUGAGACCGUACUGAGAGCCACAGACAGGAAGUGAGACAGUACUGAGGGACGCAGACAGGAAGUGAGACAGUACUGAGGGACGCAGACAGGAAGUGAGACGGUACUGACGGACGCAGACAGGAAGUGAGACCGUACUGAGAGCCACAGACAGGAAGUGAGACAGUACUGAGGGACGCAGACAGGAAGUGAGACAGUACUGAGGGACGCAGACAGGAAGUGAGACAGUACUGAGGGACGCAGACAGGAAGUGAGACGGUACUGAGGGACGGACCGACGUGUUGUUGGGAAAAACACCAGUUGAUCCUUCGAAAUCAGUCACUUAAAACACUGAAACUAGUUUGAAACACAACGAGGGGAAAUCAGCAGAUUCCCCACAAAAAGAAUAAAACCACUGAAACUCAUUUUUAUUGACCCUGCCGAUCAGUUAUUGAUCAGUGAAUCUGUGUUGAUCGGCCCUGAUUCUGACAGACUGAUGCACAAACUCUGAGCUGUGUUGAUUUCUGUUCCCAUCUGCUUUUAUUUUGAAGAAAAAGACUCUUUGAGAACAGGAAGUUGUUCUGGAGCGUCGCGGUGGUCCGACUGAUCGAUCAGGUGGAUCAGAAUAGAUGCCUUAUCAAUAAUCUUCAGACUGUCUGUGGACACUUCAGAGGCGUCGGCAGUCGAGUGAGCUCAUUGGUUGUGCAAUAUGACGCCUGCUGUGUCACAUCUUAGGCUCCGCCUCCUGCCAGAGGGCGUGGCCUGUCACUGUGAUGCGUUCAGGGGACCGAAGGCAGAAAUGUCUGCAGGUGCGUUCAGGUGCUCAGCGCCGUCCCUCUGGACCUGCUGACCUCAGACCUGUUUCCCGCUGUCGGUCCGUCACAUCGAACACUCGCAGCUGAGAGGAAAAAACCAUUUACUCCUUUUUCCCAAUUUAUUAUUGAUGAAUCUACAGAAACGUCCCACAGAAAACGUAUUAAUUAUCCAACAAGAUGUUAAAAGUCUCAGAACGUGAAAUGAAACAGCAGAAUCUGUGGAAACUAAACGAAAUAAAUGUUCCUAAAUACAACAAAAACAGAAUAACGGCUCGAAUAAAAUGUCACAUCGGGUUCGAGUUCGAUCAAUAAUCUUUAAUUCAACGCUCGUACACAUCGCCGCUCUUAAUCCGAGUCCGACUUUGUUAAUCCUGAGUUUAAUUCCCUGAAAUCGAACUGGAACCAGUGACGUGAUCUGAGUUAUUGACUGUCAGCAACGCCUGCUCACCGAUGACUCACCUGAACGCACCGUUAACAGCUGAUCAGCGGUGACAGACUCGUGUUUUGGGUCGUUGUUGUUUCCAGAUCUGUAAGUCGAGCGGAGCCUGAGGUGUGACAGAAGCAUGGGGGGGGGGGGUGUUUUUUCUUCUUCGUGCCUCUCUGCUGGAUGACUGUAGCCUCAUUAGUUGAUCUGAAGCCUGAAACUCAUCAAACUGUAUUUAACUGUCCAGUAAAACCAGUGCACAACAAGCUGUUUGCACACAAACUGUG